UGUUAAACUUAUCCACCACGUCUUCCAGCUCUGGGCUUCGACAAUAACUGACUGACGACAACUGUUUCGCGCUGUAUUUAUAGUGUUAGGUCAUGUGACUAAAUUACGGAUGUUUACAUUGAAAACUACAAUGUAGAACCUGGGUGAUCGAUGGAUAAAUUUCCGAAAUAUUACAUUUUCAUAUUCAAAAAAAUAUGUCCAUUCACAAAAAUACGAUGCGUGUGAUGAAAAAAUAAACUGAAAAUGUUAAAUUUUUGUGCGAUUUACUAAAGUAAGGCAUUUCACCUGUCUUGGGCCUCUAGCUGUUUUACAAAAUGAGAUGACGCAUGCGCUGAGGUCAUUGUUUAUCAUGGAGGCGAAUUUGAUAGCGAAAGGAUGUAGUGUUUGAAAUGACGACGAUUAUCGUUGCUCUAGUGUGGAAUUGAAUGGUUCCAAUAGUAUUCCCUUGCAGCAAAAACAUUCAUGAAUUGAUUUAUGUAAGUUUUCGAAAUAUUCACAUCAAAUGUAAGCUGAAAUAAAUUCAAAGCGAAGCGCGACUGAUUUCCCACAUACUUUAUGAAGGCUUGGACAGAAACGAGGGGGAUGGGAAAGACCGAAAAUAAAUGACCCCCUCGUUUCCACAGAAACAAAGUCUUGUGAUACAUGUACGGGAGAUAACUCAAAAUUAGUAAACAAUCAGAGAAUUCUAGCUGUGAACCAUUGUUUAGUUUGCUAUCUUAAAAAAAUCACGCCGCCAUUUUAUUUUUCCGCGAACACUUUUGAGGCGGCGCUGUACAUGGGGUUCGUAUUCUCUAUAAGAGAUUAAACUAACAAGAAAACUUUUCUAUGAAUAUCAAAGAAAUUGCAUAAAAUAUAGAAAUACGUAUGAACAACAUCGUAAGCUUCAAGCGGCUUAUUCCGUUAUACCAUUUCUCUUUUAAUUCAUUUCUUUAACUUUCACAUGUACAAUUCUAUAUCAACAUUUUAACAAAACAAAUUAUGAAACCAUUAAAGUCCUUGUAAGCUGACGGAAAAAAAACACUUAGCGUGCGUGUCACCAAGUUAAACCCAAGUAGAAGUGGAUACAAAUAUUUCCAUUGUAUACAAAACAGGGUGCGCAGUUCUUCAUUAGAAGUGUGCAAAACAGAGUUAGUCAGGUUUUUGUACACGGUACAAUAUAAUGAUCAUUCAUUGACACUUUAAAAAAAGUUCAGAAAUUGGUUUGGAACUAGCUAACGCUGAAUAUAUAAAAUUUGAAAUAAGGACCCAGAACGCGAACUUUAUAUCCCCGCCUACCUCAAAGAUAAUUUUCAACAUUUAUAUUGCAUCCAAUCUUAUCAUUCUCAAAUGUGUAUAGUCAUUCACAUGAAUGUUCUUGAAAUUAACGUUAUUUGGUGAUAAAGAGACAACUUUAUGAUUCUAUUACAUCUUGAGUCUAAAUCUUUGAUAAACUAUGAAAAACGAAUUCUGCUGGUCUAAGACCUUUAGAACCGGAGAACUUCUGCACAUAAACCAAGCGUUUUUACAACAAUCUCCGGUCAGUUCUAUUUAUGAAAUCAAGGGAGGGUACAUAUUUAAAUCAUGGAGGUUGAACUAAAUUUGACCAAUGGAAAUCAAUUACUACAGAUUCGUAAAGAAAGCGUUGUUAGUUAUUGGAUAUAUUUUUAUGUUCGUUUAUGUUUAUAAGUAAUUAUAUCUAGUUGUUUAUGUUUAUAAGUAAUUAUAUCUAGUUGUUUAUGUUUAUAAGUAAUUAUAUCUAGUUGUUUAUGUAUAUAAGUAAUUAUAUCUAGUUGUUUAUGUCUAUAAGUAAUUCUAUUUAAUUGUUUAUGUUUAUAAGUAAUUAUAUCUAGUUGUUUAUGUUUAUAAGUAAUUAUAUCUAGUUGUUUAUGUCUAUAAGUAAUUAUAUCUAGUUGUUUAUGUAUAUAAGUAAUUAUAUCUAGUUGUUUAUGUUUAUAAGUAAUUCUAUUUAAUUGUUUAUGUUUAUAAGUAAUUAUAUCUAGUUGUUUAUGUCUAUAAGUAAUUAUAUCUAGUUGUUUAUGUCUAUAAGUAAUUAUAUCUAGUUGUUUAUGUCUAUAAGUAAUUAUAUCUAGUUGUUUAUGUCUAUAAGUAAUUAUAUCUAGUUGUUUAUGUUUAUAAGUAAUUAUAUCUAGUUGUUUAUGUUUAUAAAUAAUUAUAUCUAGUUGUUUAUGUCUAUAAGUAAUUAUAUCUAGUUGUUUAUGUUUAUAAGUAAUUAUAUCUAGUUGUUUAUGUUUAUAAGUAAUUAUAUAUCUAGUUGUUUAUGUUUAUAAGUAAUUCUAUUUAAUUGUUUAUGUCUAUAAGUAAUUAUAUCUAGUUGUUUAUGUCUAUAAGUAAUUAUAUCUAGUUGUUUAUGUUUAUAAGUAAUUCUAUUUAAUUGUUUAUGUCUAUAAGUAAUUAUAUCUAGUUGUUUAUGUCUAUAAGUAAUUAUAUCUAGUUGUUUAUGUCUAUAAGUAAUUAUAUCUAGUUAUUUAUGUUUAUAAGUAAAUAUAUCUAGUUGUUUAUGUUUAUAAGUAAUUCUAUUUAAUUGUUUAUGUUUAUAAGUAAUUAUAUUUACCUGUUCGUGACGUCGUUGACCUGUCUACUGUGGGUUAUGUUUAUAAGUAAUUCUAUUUACCUGUUCGUGGCGUCGUUGACCUGUCUACUGUGGGUUAUGUUUAUAAGUAAUUCUAUUUACCUGUUCGUGGCGUCGUUGACCUGUCUACUGUGGGUUAUGUUUAUAAGUAAUUCUAUUUACCUGUUCGUGACGUCGUUGACCUGUCUACUGUGGGUUAUGUUUAUAAGUAAUUCUAUUUACCUGUUCGUGACGUCGUUGACCUGUCUACUGUGGGUUAUGUUUAUAAGUAAUUCUAUUUACCUGUUCGUGGCGUCGUUGACCUGUCUACUGUGGGUUAUGUUUAUAAGUAAUUCUAUUUACCUGUUCGUGGCGUCGUUGACCUGUCUACUGUGGGUUAUGUUUAUAAGUAAUUAUAUUUACCUGUUCGUGACGUCGUUGACCUGUCUACUGUGGGUUAUGUCUAUAAGUAAUUCUAUUUACCUGUUCGUGACGUCGUUGACCUGUCUACUGUGGGUUAUGUCUAUAAGUAAUUCUAUUUACCUGUUCGUGGCGUCGUUGACCUGUCUACUGUGGGUUAUGUUUAUAAGUAAUUCUAUUUACCUGUUCGUGGCGUCGUUGACCUGUCUACUGUGGGUUAUGUUUAUAAGUAAUUCUAUUUACCUGUUCGUGGCGUCGUUGACCUGUCUACUGUGGGUUAUGUCUAUAAGUAAUUCUAUUUACCUGUUCGUGGCGUCGUUGACCUGUCUACUGUGGGUUAUGUUUAUAAGUAAUUCUAUUUACCUGUUCGUGGCGUCGUUGACCUGUCUACUGUGGGUUAUGUUUAUAAGUAAUUCUAUUUACCUGUUUGUGGCGUCGUUGACCUGUCUACUGUGGGUUAUGUCUAUAAGUAAUUCUAUUUACCUGUUCGUGGCGUCGUUGACCUGUCUACUGUGGGUUAUGUCUAUAAGUAAUUCUAUUUACCUGUUCGUGGCGUCGUUGACCUGUCUACUGUGGGUUAUGUCUAUAAGUAAUUCUAUUUACCUGUUCGUGGCGUCGUUGACCUGUCUACUGUGGGUUAUGUUUAUAAGUAAUUCUAUUUACCUGUUCGUGGCGUCGUUGACCUGUCUACUGUGGGUUAUGUUUAUAAGUAAUUCUAUUUAAUUGUUUAUGUCUAUAAGUAAUUAUAUCUAGUUGUUUAUGUCUAUAAGUAAUUAUAUCUAGUUGUUUAUGUUUAUAAGUAAUUCUAUUUAAUUGUUUAUGUCUAUAAGUAAUUAUAUCUAGUUGUUUAUGUCUAUAAGUAAUUAUAUCUAGUUGUUUAUGUCUAUAAGUAAUUAUAUCUAGUUGUUUAUGUUUAUAAGUAAAUAUAUCUAGUUGUUUAUGUUUAUAAGUAAUUCUAUUUAAUUGUUUAUGUUUAUAAGUAAUUAUAUUUACCUGUUCGUGACGUCGUUGACCUGUCUACUGUGGGUUAUGUUUAUAAGUAAUUCUAUUUACCUGUUCGUGGCGUCGUUGACCUGUCUACUGUGGGUUAUGUUUAUAAGUAAUUCUAUUUACCUGUUCGUGGCGUCGUUGA